UCUCCUCCCUCGGUCGCUUCAGUAGGUCUCGCCGAGCUCCGCCCUUCCGCGCCCCUCCCCGACCUCCCGAGAUGGCUACGGUGCGGCCGGGCCUGGAGCCGUGGAACCGCGUGAGAAUCCCGAAGGCGGGGAGCCGCAGCACAGUGACCAUACCGGACCCCGACGCAGCUCUGGACCUUUGUGUUGCAGCUGUAAUUAGAGAAUGCUGUCUUGUUACACGGUCACUGAAGAACCAAAUCUUAGAUGCAGAGACAGAUGUGCUAUGUGCAGUCCUUUACAGCAAUCACAACAGGAUGGGCCGCCACAAGCCCCAUUUAGCCCUCAAACAGGUUGAACAAUGUUUAAAACGUUUGAAAAACAUGGAUUUGGAGGGUUCAAUUCAACAUCUGUCUGAGUUGUUUUCUUCCAAUGAAAAUCAGCCUGUAAAUACCAAGGCAUGUGUCAUUCCUAGCCAACCAGUGGUUGAGCUGGUGCUCAUGAAGAUUUUGGGAGCCUGCAAGUUGUUACUUCGCUUCUUGGACUGUUGCUGCAAGACAUUUCUCUUGACUGUGAAGCACCUAGGCUUGCAAGAAUUCAUUAUUUUAAACCUUGUGAUGGUUGGGCUGGUGAGCAGGUUAUGGGUUCUCUAUAAAGGUGUUUUGAAAAGGCUGACGUCUUUAUAUGAGCCAUUGUUCAGAUUGCUUCAGCAGAUCUCUAGGAUUCAACCACUGCCUUACUUCAAAGAUUUUACUUUUCCUUCUGAUAUUGCUGAGUUUUUAGGACAGCCCUAUUUUGAGGUCUUUAAGAAAAAAAUGCCUACAGCUUUUGCAGCUAAAGGAGUAACUAAACUGUUAAAUAAACUGUUUUUAACAAAAGAGCAAUCACCAAGGUUUAACCAAGAAACUAUACUCAGAAUUUCCAAAAAAGCUAAACAAAUGAGGAUCAAUAUACAGAAUAAUGUGGAUCUUGGACAGCCAAUAAAGAAUAAGAAAGUUUUCAAAGAAGAGUCAUCAGAAUUUGAUGUGAGAGCUUUCUGCAAACAGCUGAAACACAAAGCUACUCAGGAGACCAACUUAAAAUGUUCUCAGUCCAAACUAAAGGCUACCCAACAUUCUUCUCAGAAAGCAACAGGAACUCCCUGUGCCAAAAGUUUUGUGCAGAGAUUUCGAGAGGCUGAGAGUUUUAUUCAACUUUCUGAAGAAAUCCAAACAGCAAUUUUGUGGUGCAGGAGCAAAAAACUCAAGGCUCUGGCCUCCUUUCUGGGUAACAAACUUCUUAAAAGUAACCGGCUUAAACAUGUGGAAGCUCAAGGGUGUAGUUUGCCAAAGAAAUUAGAGUGCAUAAAAACAUCUAUUUGCAACUGCCUUCGUCGUGUCUCAGGAAUCAAAACUUCAAAGCGUCAUGUGAGACGAAGAAGAUCUCAGAAUAGAUUUUUACUGGAACAGAGGAAACUACAGAGAAAGUUGCAGUUAACUCUUUCAAAAGAAAUUCAGCCAUCCCCUCAAGGGACUCAGAAUGCUACAGAUAGCAGUAAAUGGAGACUCUCGCACUAUACAGUUCAGAGAACUGAUCUCUCCCCUAACAGUAAGCUUCUCCUGAGUAGCAGAAUUUCAAAUCCUGUCCUACAAACUAAAGAGAAACAAAUUCAUGAAAACCUUACAGGAAGCAAUGAAAAUGAAACUGAUUCAUGGACAAUACUGCAAAUGAACAAACAUAAUACAUCAGGAACCAUUAAGGAGACAGAUGACAUUGAUGAUAUUUUUGCUUUAAUGGGAGUUUAGAUGCUCAUUUGUGAGACAUUUAAGUGCUUAACAAACUGAUCUGGUGUCCUGCUGUUUUAUGUGGAACUGCUGAAAAAAAAUCUGGAAAGACUUGGAAGUACCACUUGGACUCAUAGAGGAGCUGCUUUAGUGUAACAUUGUACAGCAGUUCGUUUCAGUUCAAUAAACAUUUAUAGUAGC